UGUAAACAUCUCACAAUGACCGGCCGUGGCAAAGGAGGCAAGGGGCUCGGGAAAGGUGGUGCCAAGCGCCACAGAAAAGUACUCCGUGAUAACAUCCAGGGGAUCACCAAGCCCGCCAUAAGAAGACUCGCCCGACGCGGCGGCGUCAAACGGAUCUCCGGCCUCAUCUACGAAGAAACUCGAGGCGUGCUCAAAGUGUUUCUAGAAAACGUCAUCAGAGACGCUGUGACGUAGACGGAGCACGCUAAGAGGAAAACCGUGACGGCUAUGGACGUCGUUUACGCGUUGAAGAGGCAAGGCCGGACGCUGUACGGUUUCGGUGGAUAGACUGGUGAUAAAUUUGAUUAUGGUUUGGUAAUGUGAAUGGUAUUGACAAGGCCCUUUUCAGGGCCGCAA